GUCUCCUCAGCCAUGUCAAUCCCUCCUGGAGUCUCCUUCGUUCUCCGUGUCCUGCUCGUAUUAUGCUUCGCGCCAGCGUGCGUCGUGACGGCCGCAAGCCUACUCUGGCGAACAACGCUCUUGACAAUUCCGACUUCGCUGGUCAUAUUCCUCGCAGUCAUCAGCACGCCCUUGGCGAUAUGUGUGCGUGUCUCGUACCGGCAGUGGAAAUAUCAGCGUGCUGCUGCACGCCUCGGCGCCAUCCUACCCCCGCGCUGGGCGGGCAAAAGGCUCGGCAAUUUGGACCUGACGAAGCAGAUGUUGCAGACAAUGAAGACCGGGUAUACUGCGGACUUUGCAUGGAAGGCAUUCAAUAAUCUGGGAAACACGGUCCAGAUCAACAUCUUGUGGGACACGUCGUAUAUGACGUGCGAUCCCAACAUUAUCAAGUGUGUCCUUGCGACUGAAUUCAACAAUUAUGAGAAAGGCGAUAUCUUCAAGCAGCAGAUGGCAUCUGUCCUCGGGACGGGCGUGUUCAACUCCGAUGGAUGGCACCGCGCGAUGACACGCCCAUUCUUCAACAAGGACCGUAUCAGCCACUUUGAGCUGUUCGACCGCCGCAGUGUGCAAGCUAUUGCCAAAAUGACUGAACGUUUCCGCUCAGGGUAUGCGGUCGACUUCCAGGACCUCGUGUCUCGCUUCACAAUUGACUCGGCAACUGAGUUCCUCUUCGACUCUUGCGUCGACUCACUCCAGCAGCCCCUCCCGUAUCCUCACAAUGGGCGACCGACGCCAUUCGCGCAGCCCGCAGGCGCCCCGGUCGCCCUUGCUCCCUCACGAGCAGAGGCAUUUGCAACUGCAUUCAUGCGCGCGCAGAUUGUGCUCGCUGAGCGUGCGACAAUGGGCCGCAUCUGGCCUCUGUUUGAGACGCGGAAGAACCGCACGGAUGAGUACAUGUGCGUUGUGAACGAGUACCUGGACCCGAUUUUGAAGGACGCCUUGCGGCGGAAGGAGAUGGCCAGCAGCGAGGGAGGCGUAAGCGGUGACAAGCAGAGCGAUGAUAUCGAUGGAGAGACCCUCUUGGACCAUCUAGUUCGACUGACAAGUGAUCCAGUCGUGUUGCGUGACGAAGUGCUCAACAUCCUCAUCGCGGGACGCGACACCACUGCUGGCACACUGACAUUUGCGGUGUAUUUCUUGUGCAUGUACCCUGAGGUGUUCAAGCGGUUGCGCGCAGAGGUCUUGGAGAACGUCGGUUCGCGUGGGCGCCCGACUUAUGCAGACAUCAAGGAGAUGCGGUACUUGCGAGCUGUCAUCAAUGAGACGAUGCGAUUGUAUCCUGUCGUACCAUUCAAUAUAAGAUUGUCGAUCAACGAGAGCACCCUGCCGAAUCCUGACCCAAAUGGCAAGCCGUUUUACGUACCACCCAAGACCAUGGUCACGUACACGGUAUUUGGGAUGCAUCGCAGGAAGGAGUACUGGGGUCCCGAUGCGGACGAAUUCGACCCAGACCGAUUCCUCGACGAGCGCGUCGCGAAAUAUCUUACAAAGAAUCCGUUCAUAUUCCUUCCAUUCAACGCCGGCCCACGCAUCUGCCUCGGGCAACAGUUCGCGUAUAACGAGAUGUCCUUCUUCUUGAUCAAGCUACUCCAGCACUUUUCUGCGAUGCAGCUCGCGCCCGAGGCUGCACCCCCCGAAUCGCUGCCUCCCGCAGAGUGGGCGUCCACCGGAUGGGGCCGCAAGCGGUUCGAGCGAUUCUGGCCAAAGUCGCACCUGACUCUGUAUUCCAAUGGCGGUAUGUGGGUCAAGAUGACCGAGGCCGACGGUCUCGGCAAAGACGGCCUGGCUGUCGAUAUCUGAACUAAGAUUCUGGUCGGCGACGACUGCGAAAUAUGCUGACUCGAACCGAAUGCUGACACAAUAUGUGAAGUGUUGUAAGAUAUUGUUGUAACUGCUAACGUCUUUGAUGUACUUUGUAUGAACGCAGUAUCUAUCAUCGUGAACAGAGCCACACCCUUU